AACCAGAUUCUAUAGCUCCAAUAGUUUGUGGCUUAUAUAAUUUAGUGGCAUAGAGUUUCCAUACAGUCACCAAAAUGCUUAUUUCACUGUGUGUCCCAUAAACUUCUGACAACCACAACAUGUUUUAAUUAAUUAUAGCAUUUAAAAAAUAUCGUAAACUAUGAGAAUCAGAUCUUUUAGGUAGGUAAAGGUCCGUUUUUGACAUUUGAAUACACUUACUAAAAUAAAUCUGUUGAACAAUAUAUAUAUAGGCUAAUCCUUUGUAAUAAACUAAACGAUGCUAAUUCUUACACUGAUUUAUAUAUAGUCUAUCUCAACAUAUAUUGAAUGAAAUCUAGUAAUAAAUGUGACUUUAAAUAACUUUACCUUUACUUUUACUAGUAUAUUUGUAACAGUCUACAGUCCUUGUUAUUUUGAGGUUAUAAACAGCAGUAUGGUCGAAUACUACACUGAAUAAGGAAAUGCGCUAUCAAGCAAAAGUCAAACAAAUUAAAAGUCAGGAAGAGAGGGGAAACGUCUCAAAUGCGGAAGAUGUGUGUUCACUCAACUCGAGCGUUGUUUACAGGGGCUCCCUGACUGUGAGUGCACGUCCACGGACUCACGCUAAACCAAACAACGCUGUCUGGAUGGAGCUCGUUUGUUACGUAACUUAUUAGAAAUAAAGUAGCCUAUCUGACCCGCUGGAUUCAUUUCAAACCCCCUCACUAUCGCAGCGUGUGGCCCCUCGGACAGAGGUGGCAUAACCGGAGCCCUCCUGUCCCCUCGAUGCCCAAACAGAGGCGCAGGUUUCUGAGAGUGGCGGUGUUCUCCCUUUCGUCUCCGGUUUGCGACGGAUCAGGGAGAGGAGGAGGAGGAGGAGGAGGCACAGGAAACUUUUCAUCCACAGAGAUUUGUGAUGAUCAAGCACAGAUGGCGGAACACUUCAGUGGGCAAGCAGGCUGUCUCUUCGACGGUAAACCGGGGAGAGGGUGCCUAGUGCCGCAGGUGACCAUCACGUCUGAUGGGGACUCACGGGAGAUCACGGAGGAAGAUCUGAAGGAGGAGGUGAACGGACGGCUGCGCCGCAAACUCUCCAACUCCUCCAUCUCCUCCAACGGCUCCUCCACGGCGUUUGACGAGUCGGAGGAUGACAUCCUCAGCGACAACGAGACCAAAAGCAAAGGCAUCGUGACUCUCGAGCAUUUGGGCGACUCGGUGGACUCAGGAGAGCAAAGCAAUGCCUGGUGGAAGCUGAAGACGAUUGUCAAUUGCCCUUUACUGACCUCACAGCGAAGACGACUGUCCUGGGUUCAGUUAGCAGGACAUAAAGGCAGCUUUAAAGCAGGGGAUGAGGGCUCCAUACUGAAGAAAUUCUCAGAGAAUGAGAAGCUGUGUUUUGAGAGGCUGAAAGAGGAUGCCUUACAUUCCUUCGUGCCCAUCUACUAUGGUGUGGUUGAGAGAGACGGAGAGCUUUUUCUCAAAAUGAAAGACCUUUUGGCCAAGUUUGAUUUGCCCAACGUCAUGGACUGCAAGAUGGGAGUGAGGACAUAUCUGGAGGAGGAGUUGGUGCGGGCGAGGGUGAAGCCGAAGCUGCGUGAAGACUUGUAUAAUAAGAUGCUGGAGGUGGACAGUGAAGCUCCUACAGAGGAGGAGAAGAAACAGAAGGCUGUUACCAAACCACGCUAUAUGCAGUGGAGAGAAAGUCUCAGCUCUACUAACACUCUGGGCUUCCGCAUUGAGGGUAUCAAGAGAGGAGAAACCUGCAACACAGACUUCAAAAAGACCCAGUCAAAGGAAGACGUCAUUCAGGUCUUUAUGGAUUUCGUCGAAGGCAAUAAGAACAUAAUUAACUCCUAUAUUUCAAGGCUUGAAGAUAUUAAACAGGCACUUAAAGCCUCAGAGUUCUUCAACAAACAUGAGGUAAUUGGGAGUUCGCUUCUCUUCAUUCACGAUCCCACAGAGAGAGCUGAAGUCUGGCUCAUUGAUUUUGGUAAGACCACACCUCUCCUAGACGGACAGAACCUGGAUCACUACAGACCCUGGGAGGAGGGCAACCGAGAAGACGGAUACUUAUGGGGCCUGGACAACCUGAUGCAAACUCUUUCCUCAUUGGCCAGGGAGUGAUCCUCUUACUGCAAACUUCUGACUGUCCCAGUAACAGCAACGGCAUGCUGAUAGACACUUAUAAAUCCUUUGCAGUGCAUUAUAGGGAGGCUACCAGUGACAAAGUCCAUUACUUUACAGUAUUAAGCUGUAAAAGCAUUUCACCAUGAUCAUGGUUUUAAAAAUGAUCAUUUGUUUGUUGUCAUUAUGCAUU